UCUGAAAAAAAUAAUCAAAAUUAAGGGCUUUUUUUGUUACCGACACUCAUUUUUUAACCAGUUAAUAGGUUUUGUAUCAGUCUUUUUAUCUCAUUGAAGUAUGUUAAUAUACUUAUAUGAAUGGCUCUGGUCUCAGCACGCAGAACUACAUUUGGAUGACAGUAGUGCCAGGAGUUGACUCUGAUCUGUAAAUAUUUGCAGUGAGAGAUCUGACCAAUGACAAACUCUUGUUGAGAAAUCCUGCUUCCUGAUUUGAUUGUUUGCAAAAGCCACAGUCAGAGACUGAAAACAUUAGCUCCAAUCCAGGCCAGCAAUCAGAUUAUUCAUCCUACUUAACAAGCUACAGUACCAGGUAGUAAAUAAAUAACUGAAUCUCAUCUGAGUGGUCAAGUCUGCAGGAGGAUAAAUCUCCAGGCGCAGCCACAAUACAGAAGGAUUUACAUAUUUCAGGAUGUCUGUGAAGCUGCUCUGUUUCAGCCUGCUGGUGGCUGUGUUUUGUGUCAGCUGGGCCAAAGAACAAAACUGCUUAAAAUCAGCCUCAAAUUGUGAAGAGUGCCUCCAGUCUGGUCCUGACUGUGCUUGGUGCACUGAGCCUCAAUCAAAUGUCCGCUGUCACACCUCAAAGGGCUUGCGCAGAGCAGGCUGUCAAAAGAGUAAUAUCUAUAACCCUAAGGGCAGGGUGGAGAUCAUCAGGAAUGACAGCAACACAGAGCCAGAAAACACCAAGACUUUGUUCCUGCAGCCCCAGAAGCUCUCCCUCAGUUUGAGGCCAGGUGUGAGCCAGUCCUUUCCUCUGACCAUCACCAUGCCGACAGACCAGCCAAUCACGGAGCUGGCCAUGGAUACCCUCCCUCAUCUUUCAGGAGUCAACAUCACAUUCAGUAGCAGUGUAAACAGAAACCCUGCGGUUAUACAGGUAAAUGUUGAGGCUGACUGGUGUCCCCAUGAAGGAGACGACUCAAACCAGAGGCAGAACCUGACUGGACCCUGGUCUGUUCUCAUCACACCCAGAGGGUUUUCCUUGGGAUUGGAGUUGGAGAUCACUUUGGAGUGUCAGUGUGAGUGCACAAGCAACAGUGAGGAAAACAGUUCCAGCUGUGCAGGCCAUGGGACUCUGGUAUGUGGCCAGUGCGAGUGCAGUGAGCCUUACAUUGGACCACAGUGCCAGACGGUUUCUUUUUUUCCAUCAAACGAGGACUUCUGCCGCUCAGGCCUGGGUGCCCCUGUGUGCAGCGGCAGGGGAAAAUGUGUGGAGGGCUUCUGUGAGUGUGAUAAGAGAGUUAACCCGGCAGAAACAUACAGCGGUAGAUUCUGUGAGUGCAGCAAUUUUGACUGUCUGAGGCACAACGGCAGGUUAUGUGGUGGCCAUGGGAGAUGCAUGUGUGGACGCUGCAUUUGUGAUAAUGACUGGACAGGUGAGGAGUGCAGCUGCUCCAUGGACAUGGCUUCCUGUAUGGCAACAAACCAGAGAGUGUGCAAUGACAGAGGGAUUUGUGAGUGUGGAGCGUGUAGAUGUGACAAUCCAUACAUGGGCCCGACCUGUGAGGACUGCCCAACUUGUCCAGGCAGAUGUGAGCGGAACGCUGACUGUGUGGAGUGUCUCGCAUUCAGGACAGGAUCGAAAAAGGACAGAUGUGAUCAGGAUUGCAGCCACCUCACCGUGACAGUGAUGGAGACCAAACUUCCUUCAGCUCCGACGAGAGAAAUCUUGUGUAAAAUGCAUAGCCGUGAUGACUUUUGUACCUUCUUCUAUACCUUACCAGAAAUGCCCUCUAGAGGAGAACAGGCAACGGUUUGGGCUAAAAACUGUCCUAGUGUAUAAUCAAAAUGGUGAACAAACAGUGGAAUGAGUUUCUGAUAUUUCUCUUUUCACUGACUUUAAAGUAACUGAAGUUUAAUGUUGGCUCAAGGUUUCGAGUUCUCAUUUAUUCUGAGUAUGUCAAAGUUAAAACACCCCUGAAAUGUUAGUAAUUUGGUUGAGAGGAGAUAUUGUCAGUGUUAUAAUUUAUGGUCACAAACGUUUCCUCAUUUAUAGCCGGAUAAAAGAUGACAGUUCAUUUUUAGAGGCAGAACGACUUCAUCCAUCACAAAGUUUGCCUUUAAAAAACAGGAAGUGACCAUACCUCCAUU